GUUUAUAGUUUAAUGAAAAGUAAUUGAAAUGGACAUUGAUAGAAAGAAAGAUCAAUGAAGUGUGAAUAGAUAGAGAGAGAGAGACUAAACCCUAGAUUUCUUUCUGACUGACAGCAGAGAGUAUUUUGCUAUUUUGACCAACAAAGAGCUUUGUUAUAGUACAUGAAUAUUUUCGAUCAGUAUUGACAAAGAUCCUCUUGAAUUUUACUUGGGUGUGAUUCAUACUGAGGAAGUUGUUUUGAUGUGUGUGGUUUUGAUUUUUUGGAACAGAAAAGAUAAGGUACUGUUUGUUCUGUGUUGUGGAUUUGAGUAUUUAGUGGAGGUGUUUCUGCAAAUAAAGGGUUGUGAAGAUGUUGUCCAAAUCGUAUACCAACUUGCUAGAUCUAGCAUCUGGGAAUUUCCCAGUGAUGGGCCGCGAGAAAAGGCGGCUGCCACGGGUUAUGACAGUUGCUGGAGUUAUUUCUGAGCUUGAUGAUGAUCAAGCUAACAGUGUUACAUCAGAUGUUCCAUCAUCUAUUAUUGUAGAUCGAAUAAUCAUAGUGGCUAAUCAGCUCCCUGUAAAAGCUAAGCGUAGGCCAGAUAAUAAAGGAUGGAGUUUUAGUUGGGAUGAUGAUUCAUUGUUGUUGCACAUAAAAGACGGUUUGCCAGAUGAUAUGGAAGUUCUCUAUGUUGGUUGUUUAAGGGUUGAGGUUGAUUCAAGCGAACAGGACGAUGUUUCGCAGUUACUGUUGGAUAGGUUUAAAUGUGUUCCGGCUUUUCUCCCACCAGACAUUUUAUCUAAAUAUUAUCAUGGUUUUUGCAAACAGCAUUUAUGGCCACUUUUCCAUUAUAUGCUUCCAUACUCUGCAAGUCAUGGCAGUCGAUUUGAUCGGUCAUGGUGGGAGGCAUAUGUUGCAGCAAACAAGAUAUUUUCUCAGAAGGUGAUUGAGGUGAUAAAUCCAGAUGAUGAUUUUGUCUGGAUCCAUGAUUAUCAUUUAAUGGUUUUACCUACAUUCUUGCGUAGGCGUUUCAAUAGGUUGCGAAUGGGCUUUUUCCUGCAUAGCCCUUUUCCUUCAUCAGAGAUAUAUAGGACACUUCCGGUAAGAGAAGAAAUUCUCAAGGCUCUAUUGAAUGCCGACCUGAUUGGUUUCCAUACAUUCGAUUAUGCGCGGCAUUUCCUGUCCUGUUGUAGUCGCAUGAUGGGAUUAGAGUAUCAGUCAAAGAGGGGUUACAUCGGGCUUGAAUACUACGGACGGACUGUGGGGAUCAAGAUUAUGCCAGUUGGGAUUCACAUGGGGCAGAUUGAGACCGUGCUUCAACUAGCAGAUAGAGAGUGGAGAGUCGGAGAGCUUAAGCAGCAGUUUGAAGGCAAAACUGUUUUACUUGGUGUUGAUGAUAUGGACAUUUUCAAAGGUGUCAAUUUGAAACUUCUUGCAUUGGAAGAAAUGUUAAAACAGCAUCCGAAGUGGCAGGGAAGGGCAGUGCUGGUACAGAUUGCUAAUCCGGCUCGAGGAAAAGGAAAAGAUCUUGAGGAAAUACAAGAAGAAAUACAAACAAGUAUCAAAAGAAUCAAUGACAAGUUUAGACAGCCUGGUUAUGAACCCAUCGUGUUCAUUGAUCGCCCAGUUUCUCUUAGUGAACGGACUGCCUACUACACUGUAGCUGAGUGUGUAGUUGUUACAGCAGUAAGAGAUGGCAUGAACCUUACUCCAUAUGAAUACAUUGUGAGCAGGCAGGGCAUCCCUGGUUCAGACUGCACUGCAGAGUCAAAUGGUCAGAAAAAGAGCAUGUUGGUAGUGUCCGAGUUCAUUGGAUGUUCUCCUUCACUAAGUGGUGCUAUACGUGUUAACCCAUGGAAUGUGGAAGCAACUGCAGAAGCACUAAAUGAAGCAAUUUCAAUGGCUGAUGCUGAGAAGGUGUUGCGCCAUGAAAAGCAUUAUAAAUAUGUAAGCACACACGACGUAGCCUAUUGGUCAAGAAGCUUUUUCCAGGAUCUGGAGAGAACUUGCAAAGACCAUUUUAGGCGACGUUGCUGGGGUAUUGGUCUGAGCUUUGGUUUUAGAGUUGUUGCACUUGAUCCCAAUUUCAGGAAGCUGUCCAUGGAUAAUAUUGUUUCUUCUUACUCAAAAGCCAAAAAUAGAGCAAUAUUGUUGGAUUAUGAUGGUACUCUAAUGCCUCAAACAGCCAUCAAUAAGGUCCCUAGUCCUGAAGUUAUUUCAAUUAUUAAUACACUUUGUGGUGAUGAAAGAAAUACUGUGUUUCUCGUGAGCGGACGAGGAAGGGAUAGUUUAGGCCAGUGGUUUUCUCCGUGUGAGAAACUCGGCAUUGCUGCAGAGCAUGGAUACUUCUUAAGGUGGUCUGCAGAUAAAGAAUGGGAAGUCUGUGGGCAGAACAGUGAUUUCCAGUGGAUGCAGAUUGCUGAACCUGUUAUGAAGCAGUAUACAGAAGCUACAGAUGGCUCUUACAUUGAAAUAAAGGAGAGUGCUCUGGUUUGGCAUCAUCGAGAUGCAGAUCUUGGUUUUGGGUCUUGCCAAGCAAAAGAGAUGUUAGACCAUCUUGAAAGUGUGCUUGCAAAUGAGCCUGUUGCUGUGAAGAGUGGGCAAUUCAUUGUUGAAGUUAAGCCUCAGGGAGUCAGUAAAGGUCUAGUUGCAGAGAAAAUUUUCGCAUCAAUGGCUGAGAGUGGCCGGCAGGCUGAUUUCGUGAUGUGCGUAGGUGAUGAUAGGUCUGAUGAGGACAUGUUUGAGAUUAUUGGAAAUGCAAUGAAUAGCGGUAUACUUUCUUCAAGCACAGAAGUGUAUGCCUGCACAGUGGGACAAAAGCCAAGUAAAGCCAAAUAUUAUCUUGAUGACACAACAGAAGUUAGAACCAUGCUUCAAGCUCUUGCCGAGGAAUCCACUCCUCCGCCCUCAUCAGAAAUUGUAACAGGAACCUCUGUUUGAAGUAUAUCCUUCGCUGCUUUCUUGUCUGAGUGCACUUCACAUUGAAUCGGCCCUUUGAAGUUGUCCAAAAGAAACAUCAUUAGAGCUUGUUCUGACGUGUGACGCGUAUUACUCUCAAAUAAUCAAUGGAGAGGUAUUGUACAGAAUUCUUUAUCAGAUGGCCAGUCCGUAGGAGACGAUCAAUUUAUGGGGUGAGAUUUAACAGAUCCCAAAUGUUUCAAACACAGAAGCACUGCUGGUCAAGUGGAUACAUAAGAGUGAAGUUGACUCUGAAAGGAGAGCAAUGUCAAAUGGUAAUCUUCAUGGCCUUCGCAACAUAUAUAUUUGUGGCAUACAUACCUGAUUCAAGAAGGCCACACACCUCAGUUUCUUGCCUUGCAUGUGGCAAAGAUGGAGUAUUGGUCGUCAAAGACUCGUAACUUGGAUUAUUAGAUCAACUGUAAACAAGGUGUCUUUUCUUUUCUUUUGCUUCAUUUAUUUAAUCCUUCUUUUUCUAUUUAGGAGUGAGAAUAUUGUCUUCUGGAUACACCAAUUUGUUCGAUUCUCAUAAUUGUAAAUGUAUAGAAAAAUUUACCCUUUUUCUUACUAUGCACGUGAUAACAAAAACUUUUGCUUGUUAAUAGUGACAUCAAUUACAGUGAUUCUGGUCUUUCAA